AUGGAUGUAUCACAACGAAUCAGAUCAAGAGCAAGAUCAAAAGAGGGAUCUUUCAAGGAAAAAUUGUACAACAAGUAUGGGCAAGAACAAGUUCGAGAACUGAAAAUAGUGAAACAAUUCAGUGAUGAUGUUGGUAUGGAAAUUGUCCUUGAAAAAUGUGCCAAAGCCGGUUCCAAAAAAGGCAAACUGACCUCAACUGGAAAUAUAGUAAUAAAUAAGGACGCAGAAAUACAAGAGUUGGACCAGGAAGGGCUAUACAAAUACCUGAGUGUAGAUGAAAGUGAUGGUAUCCAUCAUAGCAAAAUGAAAGAGAAGAUAAGAAAUAUAACAGGAGAGUAA